AAAUAUGCAGAAAAUCAGUGUUUUUCCCCAAUUUUGCAGAAUAUUUCUGCCAAAGGAGCAUUCCAGAAGUAUCCUGUGUUCCCUGAAGAAACCCAAAACCCCAUUAGGUUGGAGUGUCAUUCAACGGAGAGGUUUUUCUGGGCAAAAUUUGGAGAGGCGAGGAGUACAAGUAACUCCAUGGGGAUGGAUUUUGCUGGUGAUCCCAGCUACGACUUUUGGAUUGGGCUGCUGGCAAGUUCAACGGAAACGUUGGAAGGAAAAUCUAAUUGCAGACUUGGAGCAGAAGGCCAAACAACCUCCUGCAGAACUUCCUGAAAAUCUAGAGGAUUUGGGGAAGAUGGAAUACCGGCCUGUGAUCCUCAGAGGACAUUUCCUCCAUGACAGAGAGAUUUACAUGGGACCUAGGAGCUUCAUUCAGCACGGAGAUGCUACAAGUCGUUCUGGAGUAUUCUCCAAGCAGGGAAAUACAACUGGUUAUCUGGUUAUAACUCCACUGAAGCUCGAGGGAAGAGAGGAAAUUAUUUUAGUGAACCGUGGCUGGGUUCCUAGAAAUCUCCUGAAACCCUCUACCCGACAAGAUGGUCAGAUCACAAAACCCGUUGAGCUGGUGGGAAUUGUGAGACUUGGAGAAAAUCGUCCGCAAUUUAGUCCGGAAAGCAAAGGUGAUCACUUCCUCUACAGAGAUCUGUCCAAGAUGUGCUCUAUCACCGGGGCUGAUCCAUAUUUUGUGGACGCAGAUGAAGCCUCUUCAGUCCCAGGAGGCCCCAUUGGCGGUCAAACGAGGGUAACGAUCAGAAAUGAGCAUCUAUCUUACAUAGUUACUUGGUUCAGUCUCUCAGCAGCUACCGGAAUCAUUUGGUAUCGUCAGAUAUUGAGAAGAAAGGCACUGUAAAGUUACUUUUUCAUAGGCUUUAUUGAAUAAAGAUAGUUUUCUCUGACUUUAAA